AUGACAGAUUCUUUUUAUUCGACGUCCCAUUACCUCUCUCACAAUGUCAAGGUUCAUGUUUCACAUGCUGCCAACCCUUUCUUUGCUGGUGAUAUUGUUAGAACAUUGAUCACUUUCCUACACAUUGAUCCAGGCCAACCUUCAGAUCCCGCUGAUGAUGCUGAUGUACAUGCUGAUGAUAAUAAUAGAAAUGAUGACGCUGAUGAUGAUGAUGAAACGAAUCAAUCCAGUCAAGAAAAUCUGUGGAGUAGAAGAAUCUCCAGUCAAUUCUCCCGGUCUCUAUUUCUCAGUCAACUAGAGGAAUCGGAACGUAAGCUCAUUGAACCUUCUAAACAGUCAUUUGAUACAUCAGAGACAUUCCUUUCUGGGAGUCUCCAGCUAUUUGGUCAUUUCUCAGUAGAUGAUGAGGUGGUUGAUAUUUCCAAGUUCGAGAAGCUUAGGCAAUCGUCAAUUAUUGGUGGGUGCGUUGCUGGUGUUCCAUCAUUAAAAAUCUCCACAAAUGUCCCUAAGUCCUUCUUUCAAAAUUUGUCUUCUAACCUUUCAUAUAUCUUAAGCUCUGAUAUUGGCGAACUAAAUCAUAUAGUGCUCAAUGGGGUUGCAACAGAUUCUAGAGGGCCAUUAGAAGCUAUUCACCCAUUGUUUGUCACAAAUCAAUUGCUAAUGUUUCCCUCUUUGACAUUGAAGCCCGGAAACAUUAAACAGUAUUACUUGGAGUUUAAACUUCCGCAUUCCCUUCCACCAAGCUAUCACUCAGAAAAUCUACUGAUAUCAUAUGAUUUAAUCCUUAAUGCUGAAAGAUUGCGAAAUAUCAGUUCUGUGCCUUCCAACAUCAGCAUAACCUUUCCUUUGAAGAUUGCCAUAGGCCCAAAUUCUAAGGGGCUUCAAGUGGUUCCAUUAUUUCAAAAGGAAUUUUCUCUUAAUAGAAAAUAUUUACAAAGUAAAUUAACCCAAAGAAACGUCCUAGUUGAGCUUGAUAAUGAUGUUCCGUAUGAGGACUUUUCAUUUGUGUCGAAUUUAAAAAAUGACGUUUCCAAUAUCACUUCUAUUAGGGAAGAAGCUGAACUCUCUGAUGAUGAUGAAAUUCAAAAUAGAGAGAGCAUUUUUAAGACUGAAUUUAUCAACACAAUGAAAACUUUGAUGAACGAGAAGAGUCUAACUACUACUGAACAAAUUAAAAGUCUUCCAAAUUCACCUUUGAUCAACAACCAAGAGUUCACCAAUAUUGAUGCUGUCAUUAGUUCUAAUUCCAAUCCUUUUGAAAACGCAAAUUUGCUGGCAGAUUUACCGUUCAUUUCUGGAAGAGAAUGUAUUAAACAAUUUACUCUGGCUGUUACUUCCGAUGGCCUUAUAGGACUGAAUUCUCAACAAAAUAUGUACCUUGAUAAGGACCAUGCAUAUCAGCCAAUAAUUAAGAAAUCUCAAUUGAAGACUCAAUUUCUUGUUAAGUUUAAAAAUAAGUUUACGACCAGGCUAAUUUUUGAUAAACCAUUUUAUAAAAUUGGAGAUUCAAUCAAUCUAUGUUUCGAUUUUGUGAACUCAUUGCCAGACCAUAAGGAUUCUCUCACAGUUUCAGGUAUAUCUGUUUCUUUGGAAUCGGUGGAAAGAUUCAAAUAUGAGUACUUAUUGGACUAUCAAAACUCAAUUGAAGAAAUGCAUAAACAAUUUCAAGAAAAUCCGCAACAGGCAUACAAAAGCUGGAAAAUGCCAUCUCCAGCCAACGGUUCACAGUAUCAGCAAAUGAGCUAUGAACAAAUCAAUGAUAAUAUAUACAUUGAGAGAGAGCUCAAUAACACAAAUCCAACCUAUUGGAAGAAAUUUACACAUAUACAUUGGGUGAAAAAGUACUCAUUGUUGAGCAGCAGUUUCAAGAAAUUUAAUGUCAAUGAUUUAUUCUUGGACUAUUCUUUAACCCCUCAAUUCAAUAGUGACAUUUUCAGGUUGAAGUAUUACUUAUCCUUCAAAUUUGUCAUCUUGGAGGAAGAUGGUGAGAAUACACACGGCGUAUACUUAAAAAAUCUUCAUCAUGAUACCAACGGUGAUUUAUUCGGGGUUAAAGAUUCGCUAAAUGGGGUAACAUUAGGUAUAAAGAUUCCUUUGAAUAUCUUGGCUUCUGAUAGUGAUUUUCAUAACAUCAACAUAUAA